UACUAGCGUUAUAAAGGAGCCUAAAAGGGUUAAAAAUUGGGCCAUUUUUUUUAAUGCGCUUUCAUGAGUUUAUGAGAGUUACCUUUUAAAGACGGAUAGCGUCAUCUUAGUCUAACGCUCGAACAACAGAAGAGAGGAGGGGAGAAUAUUUCAACUAGCUUCACGGGUCCAACAAGUGUUAUCGUUUUAUGCACCUGUGUGAGUUAAUGAGUGUUUAGCUUACGUGCGCGUGUGUACAUGUGGUAGGGGAAAAAAACAACACAAAACAAGCCUGACAGGCACACAUCUAUCGUACAGAACACAAGGUAGCUAAGAAAGCGCGGGAAGGUGAACAAAGGAAAAGUCUUUAGCUGGUGCGGGAAGGGGGAGGAAGAGGAAGAGGAAGAGGAAGAGGAGGGGGAUUGGGCGAGAGCUGGGAGUUGUCCGCAAAAGCAGCCUUUGAAUGCUGUCCAAUGAUCGUUUGACAGCAUUGUGAAGGCGGAGCUUUGUCUAUUUGAAUAUCGGAGUCUAAAUAAGCCGGCACCGAGCAGCCGUCUUCAUUUUUCAGUUUUUUGUCGGAAGAAGGAAACAAUGCCUGAGCCUGCGAAGUCCGCGCCGAAGAAGGGCUCCAAGAAAGCCGUGACCAAAACGGCUGGCAAGGGAGGCAAGAAGCGCAGAAAGUCCAGGAAGGAGAGUUAUGCCAUUUACGUGUACAAGGUGCUGAAGCAGGUCCACCCCGACACCGGCAUUUCCUCCAAGGCGAUGGGCAUCAUGAACUCGUUCGUCAACGACAUUUUCGAGCGCAUCGCCGGUGAGUCGUCCCGUUUGGCUCAUUACAACAAACGGUCCACCAUCACCUCCAGGGAGAUCCAGACCGCCGUGCGCCUGCUUCUUCCCGGUGAGCUGGCUAAGCACGCCGUGUCCGAGGGCACCAAGGCCGUCACCAAGUACACCAGCUCCAAGUAAGAAGUGACCAAGACUUCAUCAAACCCAACGGCUCUUUUAAGAGCCACCCACAGUUUCGCUUGAAGGGCUUUUUUAAUUUUUUUUUUUUCAAUUGUUUUUUUUUUUGUGUGUGUUGUGCAUGAGAAUGAA